UUGCCCAAUUCACCACCAGCCACCCAACUUCUGUCCCUUGUCCUUCACAUAUAAUCAUCUCUCUCUUCUCUCAUUCAUUCCCUCACCAUCACCAAAAACACUACUUUCCUUCCAUGGCUGGCUUGAGCUUCAUCAUUGGCAUUAUAGGGAAUAUAAUCUCUAUACUAGUUUUUGCUUCUCCCAUAGGAACAUUCAAGGGAGUGGUAAAGAAGAAAUCAACAGAGAAUUACAAAGCACUUCCAUACAUAACCACUCUGCUCAGCACAUCUCUGUGGACUUUCUAUGGAAUUCUCAAGCCAGGGGGUCUUCUUAUUCUAACAGUAAAUGGUGCUGGUGCUGUCUUACAAUUCAUUUAUGUCACUCUCUUUCUCAUCUAUGCUCCAAGGGAUAUCAAGGUUAAAUCUAUGAAGUUGGUGGCAAUAUUGGAUGUUGGGUUUCUUGGGGCAGUAAUAGCUGUGACUAUGCUAACAAUCCAUGGAAGUCUAAAGCUUACCUUUGUAGGCAUUUUAUGUGCAGCAUUGACUAUUGGCAUGUAUGCAGCACCUCUAGCUGUCAUGAGAACAGUGAUAAAGACAACGAGUGUAGAGUACAUGCCUUUUUUCCUAUCAUUUUUCCUCUUCCUCAAUGCUGGAGUUUGGUCGGUCUAUGCUCUCCUUGUCAAGGAUAUUUUCAUCGGAGUACCAAAUGCAAUUGGAUUUAUAUUGGGCUCGGCCCAACUAAUCCUCUAUUUGGUGUACAAGAACAAAUCAUCCUCAGCAAAAUCAAAAGAUGAAAUGGAAGAAGAAGAAGAAGAAGGAUCAGCCCACCUUGUCAAAACGUCCAUUGAAAUGCAAGACCUUGACGACCACGACGACCUGAAAAGUACAAAUCGAAACCUCAACAAAGGAAGGAGCCUCCCGAAGCCAUUGGUUUCUCGGCAAUACAGCAUCAACAAAAUCAUGAAAACAUUUUCUCUUCACCCAUAUGAGUUGAAUUCUGGCUCACUCCAUGAAAAUGAUGUUGAAAAUGGAAGCACCAAGGAUCACCCUUGAUUUCCAAAAAAAAGAUCUACUGAACAAUGGGCCUAAUAUAAACUUAGGGGUUGUUUGGAAUGUUCUAAAUAAGUGUAUUUUUUUACUUUUUAUAAAAAGAUGUGUAAAAAAGUAGAGAGAAUAUAUUGAUU